AUGUCUCCUGCAUCCCGGUCCCGGGUGAGCCUGAGGACACCCCCGAGUGCCCAGUUUCCACCCCCAUGUGCAGAUAUCGCCGUGGAGCUGCUCCAGAAAGUGGCCCCCAGCCCCAUCCGCCGGCUCCAGAAGAAAUACGUCUCUCACGUGUCCCGGGAGGCCUGCAUCUCGCCCUGCUCCAUGAUGCUGGCCCUGGUUUACAUCGAGCGCCUGCGGCACCGCAACCCCGAGUACCUGCAGCAGAUCUCAUCCUCCGACCUCUUUCUCAUCUCCAUGAUGGUGGCCAGCAAGUACCUGUACGACGAGGGCGAGGAGGAGGAGGUUUUCAACGACGAGUGGGGCGCGGCCGGGCACGUGGACGUGCGCACCAUGAACACGCUGGAGAUGAACUUCCUGCGUGCCAUCGACUGGAGCCUUUACACAAACCCCAAGGAGGUGUUUGAGGUGCUGAGCUGGCUGGAAGGGCGGGUGGCGGAGAAGCAGGGCAUGCAGCGCGGCUGGUUCACCUACACGGACCUGUGCGUGCUGCUGGAGCAGGACCUGUGGCCCCACUGCCCCCCCUGCCCCCCCUGGGCCUGGGCCUGGCCCCCUAAGCUCGCCCCGCCGGCCUGGCCGGGGCCCCUGGUGCUGCCCCAGUGCUCCCUGGAGGCCACCACAGGGCUGGGCAGGAUCAAGAGCUUCAUCUUGCCCAGCUAGGGCUGCUGGCAGCCCCCCACCGGCUCCUGGGGCUUAACUGCCUCUGGCCCGCCUGGGCUCGGGCCUCACUUUCCCCCAUCUCCUUAGGGCUUCCCCUUUGCGGGGGGUCUGGGGCUCCAGGCC